CACACGGUCACCUUUUGUGCAAAUAUAUCAGCCAAGAGACUGCCAUCCGCAUCAGAUUUCGUACGCCAAGAAGGACGGGAUCAACUGCACUGCUGUGUGUGUGAGUGUAAGAGCAGAGGGUGAAGGAGCUGUACGGAGACGAGACUGAAGAAAUAUAACGACACAACGCGACACAAAGCCGCCAAGUUACGACGCAACUAUGAAGAGAGCGAUAUCGGGACCGUUCUGGAUUUGCUGCACCUUGCUUGCUGUAGUGCUGCAAGUAUGUUUGGCUUCAGUCACAGUCAAGGUGAAUCCAGAAAUGCACGUUCUUAAAGGAGAUACAGUCAUGCUGCCCUGUACGUACACCACCUCUGCAGAGGCUGCGGUUGCGGUCCAGUGGUUUAUUGAAUUUGCUGAUGGAGGCAGAAAGCAAGUCGCCUACAAGUCCUCCGUAGGCUCUGAUGCUGGAACAUUUACAGAUCGCUAUACCAUAGAAAAGGACAUGUCCCUUAAUAUCUCCCAAGUCACAGUGGACGAUCACAAAAAAUUUAUCUGCCAAGUGACCGCGGGGCCUGUGGGCACUGCCGAGUCUGCCACCGAGGUCAAGGUUUUCUCUGCUCCAGAGAAGCCAAUGGUAGUGCCCAAUCCUCAGAAAAUCUUUGUCGAUUCCAGCAUUUCAUCCUCCGCUGAGGUGGGCAAGUGCAUCAGCAGGAAUGGUCAUCCUGAGCCUCGUAUUAUCUGGUUUAAAGACGACAACCCUCUGCCUGAAGAAAAGAAAAAAACAGAAAAAACAUACAUGAUACAUUUUUUGGUGAAGGAAGCCUCAGGCCUGUACACUUUGACCAGCAUGCUGUACAUGCACCUGACGAAAGCUGAUGCUAAAUCAGUCUACCACUGCAUAGUGGAGUACACCAUGCCAGACAACCAGAUCAAACAGGAGAGCUCCGAUAACUUCAACAUCUCAUUGCAAUAUUCAACAGAAAACGUCUUCUUCAAAGUGAAGAACGAGGGGCCAAUCAAAGAGGGCGAUGAUGUGGUGAUGCAGUGUGAGACUGAUGGAAACCCUCAGCCACAGUUUGAUUUUUUUAAAGGGGAAAAAUUGCUGGAAGGAUUGGGAGGCACUUUGAAAAAAAAGAGCAUCACUCGGGAGGAUUCUGGAACUUAUAAGUGUGAAGCUAUGGAUUAUGAAGCUGACAGCAAAGUCCAACUUCAUAAAACUCUAAACAUAAACGUGCACUAUAUCGACAUAACAGUGGAACCAGAAGGGCCCUUGGUUGUUUCUAAAGGAGAUCAUGUGGAGCUUCAGUGUAAGGCCAAGGCUUCUGAAGCUCACACCCUGCAGUGGACAAAGGACUCGAAGGAGCUGUCAAACACUGGUGUAUUUGCUAAGGAGUCUGUGACUCUGGCUGACGGUGGUGUGUACGUGUGUGUCGGAGCUGUACCUUCAGUGCCAGGUCUUCAAAAACAAGUCAACAUCACUGUUAACGUCAAAGGUCAGCCUGAGAUUGAUGCUCCAGUCAAGGGUUUGGUUGAUAAGGAGGGAGGGAUGGUCACUCUCAACUGCUCUGCUCUUGGUCAUCCUGCUCCACAAUUCAUCUGGACACCUUCUGGCAAAGAGUCGGUGACAGUAAAAGGGAACAGGGUGAUCAGCACAGUCACUCUUGAGGCCACAGCUGCAGUUCUGAAGGACGGUGUGAUUUGUGAAGCGUACAACACUCAUGGAAGAGACAGCAAGAACUUCGAGGUGAAACUAGAUCAAGCAAAACCCACACCUGCCAAUUCUGACAGAGGAAAUCCUGACUUUAAAACAGUGGAAGGAAAGCAGGGCGGUUCGAGUUCUGUGGUGAUCGCUGUGGUGGUGUGUGUCCUGCUGCUGCUCAUCCUGGUGGCUUCGCUCUUCUUCCUUAAUAAGAAGGGCAAACUAGGCUGCGGGAAGAAGGACCAGAAGGAAGUGGCUUCUGGAGGAGUGAAAGAUAAUAUUGUGGUGGAGAUUAAGCCCAGUGAGAAAAGCAAGGAAGAGGCUGGUCUGCUAAAGCCUGCAGAACAGUGUUAAAACAAAGAAGAGAAACAAAGGAGAGAGACAAACAAAAACAAAAUCUCCAGAGAUGUGGAGGAGGACAUGUUGGAAUUAAGAGUGUUCUGAUGGAGGACGAGAGAGAAGAUGGAGGCAAGAGAAGAUAAAUUCAGUUUAGCUGUACAGUUUUUCUUUUUUUUUUUUUGUAGGAGGGGCUGUGAUUUUUUAACUGUGGGUGGGUUUUAGUUUAGAGGGGGGAGGGGCAAUACAUGUAAAUCUGGCAUUAUUUUGAUAAGGGUAUCUACUGUGUCCUAACUGUGUAAUCAAACCAGUCUUUGUCCAGUCUGAACAACUGUAUGAAGCUCAUCUUGAGCGAAACUUAAAGCAGUUUUACCCAUAACACAUCAAAAAAGAGACUGUGGACACUGGAUGUUGCGUUCCCUCAUACUGCACUGCACCCUGGUUAUGUCUGGUAGUACAUGUUGUUCAAUAGUAAAGAACAGACUCUUUUGUGCAUCCACACUGCACUCACGGUGCACGUUUGAUUGUAAACUGAAUUCAUGUCAUUAUGCAAAGAAAUAAGCCCAACAGACUAUUGUACUCUUUGCUCAUAAACUGCAUGACCAUUUGUGGAUGUACCAUACACACACCGUCCCUUCUGUGCUGGUAAAAUGAUCACGCUUUAUCAUUCAGACCAGCUUUUGUACAGUCAAAAAUUCACACUGCAAAAAAAAUAUUUUCUUUUUAUCUUGUUUCUAGACCAAAAUUCUAAAAAUUAUUUUCUAGACAAGAAAUAUUGUUUUGUUUUCAGAAAUAAUGUGUCAGAAUUAAGUCAUUUCCUUAAAAUAAUCUAAAAUAAUAAAUGCAGUAAAAUAGCAAGUAAAAUAAAUUUACUUCAAAGCUCAAACAAUAAUAUUUCGCUUAUCCCAUUGGUGCAUUAUUUUGCUUGUUUUAAGAAAAAAAAACUUAAUUAAUUUUGACAUAUUAUUUGUAAAAACAAGACAUUUUUAACUUGUGUAUUUGUUAAAUGCUUCUUGUUAUAAGUAUUUUUCUACAUUUGGGAAAAAAACAAGACAAAAAAGUACACAAGAAAUCUUUCUUUUUUUUUUUUUUUUUUUGCAGUGGAUGUUUUUCCUUCGGAUAUGUUAGAUCCUGGCCUAAACACCACACCACAAAAUCCCACACUUUUAUAUUUCGAGCUAAAACCAAAAGCCAGUGGUGCCACUAACAAACAAACAAACAAACAAACAAAAUGCCUGAGAAUCACUUAGAAACCUUGUAGCUCAGGUCUGAGAGUAGUGGAAUUGAACUAACUGGAUCAUCUAAUUUCCUUUGAACUGCACUGAACUCUGUUUGACAGCCCAAACACGUUCACAGACCUCAGGCUUACUGUGUAAUUAUGAAGCAUGGGUUAGCAAUGGGACAGGUCAGGCCUAACUUCUUUAAAAUGGCUCCUGACAGUAUUACGUAUGAUUGGGUUAUAUAUUGUCAACUCCACCUCUCUUUUCAAUUAUUCAAGUGCUAAAAUGAAAUGGGGAAAUAUCUAUGUAAUGAGCACAAAUUAUAAUGCACAUGCUGUCCCUAUAUAUCUUUCUGCCUUUUUUUAACAAAAGUUAUUCAUAUCAAGUAGGUUGUCAUUAUUUAUAUUUAGAAAACAAAUCUAAUUGAACACAUUUAGACUUUUCUUAAAAAUUAGAUCUGUUCAAUCUGUGCUUAGAUGUUUGUGUGAAACCUCUUAGACAUUAUGCAUAAAGGCAAAGUUCACCCAAAAAUGAAAAUUCUGUCAAACAGUUUUUCUAUUUUGUAUUUUGUUUAAGCUAAAUGAAGAUAUUUUAAACAAUGUUGAAAAUCUGUAACCACUGACGUCCAUAGUAUUUGUUUUUCAAGUCAAUGAGCACUUUCUUUAGUAUAUAUUCAAGUAUAGUGUUCAACAGAAGAAAAACUGCAGGCAGAGGACGUCAUAUUACAUCGGGACAUUGGAUUUUGUUUGGAAAUAAAAUUGGGUUGACAUCAGUACCCCAACAUCAGGCCGACAUCAGUGUCCAAAGUCAGACCUAAAAUCUACCAAAUAUCCACAUCUAAUCAUGUUACACCUUGACGUUGUGUAGACGUUACCACUAUGACAUUUAUCUGACGUUGGAUUUUGGUCACUUUCCAACACAACCUGAAAUCAACUAAAUAUUAACAUAAUGUGACGUUUUUAUUGGACAUCAAAAUAAAGUUGUCCUUAGACGCUGGUUAGACACUGAAUUUUGGUCAUCUGACGUCACAACCUAAAUAUAACCUAAUAUUAAUGUCUUAUGAUGUUGUGUGCCUGCUGGGAAAACAACAACAAAAAAAACCUCAAUCUGGUUUGGAACAAGUCAAGUAAAGUCGAGUAAAUGACAGAAUUCUCAUUUUUGGGGGGUGAACUAUCCCUUUAAAAUGGACAGUUCAAUCAAAACUGAUUUGUCACCAUUUAUGCAAAUCAAACAAGUUGACUUUGUCUUCAGUGGAGCACAUAAAAAGGCUUGAAAAAGUAUUGCCAUAUUUUGUUUUAGAGUCAAUCAUUUUAUGGCUUGGAGUGACAAUGAUACUGUGAACUGUCCUUUUAAAUUCUUAGAGAAGAAGAUAAACAUGAACAUUUGUUACAAUUUAAGGCAGAAGUGUCCAACCUCGGUCCCGGAGAGCGGGUGUCCUGCAUAUUUAAAUUCCAACCCCAAUUAAACACACCUGAAUUAGCUAAUCAAGCUCGUUUUACAUAUGCUAGAAGCUUCCAGACUGGUGUGUUGAAGGAAGUUGGAGCUAAACUAUGCAGGACACCUGCUCUCCAGGACCGAGUUUAGACGCUCCUGAUUUAAGGGAUUGGGCCAGAAUUAGUUUUCACUGUUAGUAAUCUGCUUUUUGUUAUUUAUCAAUAUUGUUAUUCGUCACCAUUAUCAUUUGCUUAUUGUUUUCUUUAAACCAAAAAAUAUGAUUUAAGAAAAACAUAUGGUGUAAAUUCAUUUCUUCAAGCUUGUAUAUGAUGUUCUGUUUUUUUCGCAUAUAUAUGUAUCUUGUUUCUAAGUCAGUAAAAGCACACUGUUGUUCAGGUGGCACAGCUGGAACAUUCUGGAAUCACUGUAUUGUUGGAAACCCUGUCAUUUUUUCCCAGGCCCUGUUCUUAAACAAAGCCGUGGACCUUGUUAUUUGCUUCAAAUAACAGAUUCCCAAAUCUGCUGUUCUUUCAGUUGGGUUUUCUGCGUGUCAGUGCACACCCAGGGACAAAUUUACAGACAUUUCCACAGUUUCAGAAUACUAUCACAGACUGUGAUUCUCUUUAACAACAAAACAAUGAUUCCAGACUCUCUAGACAGAAGGUAAAAGGGUUAGUUCACUCAAAAAAAUUAAAUUAAAUAAUCAUUUAGUCAAGUGUUUCUCAAAUGGCAUAUGUCCUUCUUCCUUUUUGGGCCAAAAUGAGAUAAUUGUAAAAUAAAUGUCCUGUCGUACUCAUCCAAAUGAUAACAGCAACCACCAUUAAACUUUAAAAAGUAUGCUAUGGUAUCACUGGAUGUUCUGUGUAAAUGAGAAGUAAAUUCCAAGUAUUCAGGAGCUAUAUGAUAGCAUUUAAUGAAUAAAAAGUAAAUUGUCAUUUUUAACUGAAAUCUAAUGUGAAUGUUUGUCAUACUCAAUGAUAUGAGAUUAUAUUAGGGCAUCAUUUUGACAAAUCAUGCAAAAAAACAAACAAAAAAAAUGCAAAAUGCAAAGCCUACACUGUAAAAAAGUGUUUAGUUGACUUUACUUUUUAAAAAAGAGUAAACAUGUUUUUUUAAAUCGAUUAAUUUAAAAAGUGUGUAAACCAUUUGCCUUAAAAUUUAAGUCCCCAAGAAAUCAAAACUAACCAUAUAAUUUUGUUAGCUCACGUUGCUAGUUUUGUGGUGAACAAAUUAAUCUGUGCAUGCCAUUAAGAAAAAAAAGGUUUGCCCUUCUGAUCUUUAAUUGUAAUCUGAAAAUGCACUUCCUGUUUGAUUUCAGUUAAAUUGUCAGAUUACGGACAUCUUAUCAGUUGGGUGUGGCUAACAUUUAACUACUGUCAGUUUUGAUAACAAUCAUAAAUGGUGUGAAGGAGUUGUCUGUUAGGUUGUAACUACUCUCCACAAACCCUUCUGAAUGAAACGCCUACUUUACUACAUCCAUUCAGCCUAUAGUAGAAAAAAAUAAGCCACACCCACUGUUUUGUCAUUUAAUUUUCCAUUUUUCUAGGGACUGUGUCAAAAUACGAAACAAAUUACAGCCGUAGCUUCUGGUUCAUGGGGACUUAACUAUGUGCCUAAUUUUACAAUUCAAUUAAGUCAACCUUACCGUAUGUUCACACCGAAAGCGGCGAGACCGUCCAAGGUCGCUCUGGUCGCCCUGGUGACAACGCUGUCUGCCUUCAGCUCUGGCGGCGAGAGCGUCAAAACUCGCUACAUUGAUCUCGUAUUUAAAGGAGCGGUUGUUGCAUAUCAGUUACAUUCCUGCAUAAAACAUGUUUUUAGCAUGAAAAUGUUGCACACUUCUUAUCAAAUUCAUAUAACAAUGGAAGAUCAAGUUGCGUGUGGUGUGACUUUGCUCUAUUUGUCCAACAUGUGUCCAUAUGUCUGAAAUUUCCUGAAGCAGCUAUACUGUUUUGUACUGUCACGUUGCAUGAGAUUCUCACUUUUUUAAAGAUAAAUAUAUAUAUAUAUAUAUAACAUUAAUGCAAAUCAGUUUUCUCGCCAGUAAAUUAUUUAAUGCAUGUUCGUGUAAGAAAACAUUGUAAAUAAUUGGAAAUCAGGCAACCGCAAAUCUUUAACCCUUGGGAACAACUGUGGUCGGAACCAAAGUUCACAGGUCUGUGUUCUCUGAACUCCGAACCGCGUCAUAGCUCAUUACCAUAAAGUUGACUUGAUUUCAACUGCUCCUCGCCGCUUAUCGCUGCUGGCUGUCAUUGAAAAUGAAUGACUUCUGGCUACUUUGACGCUCUCACCGCUUUCGGUGUGAACGUACGAUAACACUUCGAAGUUACAAAGAGUUCACUCACUUGUUUAGGUAAGUUUAACUUGUAGCUUUUAAGACAGGUUUAUUCACUUUUUUAAGUGAAGAAAUUCCACCAAAAAACUAUAGCUGUCUCAUUUUAGAGGCUGCACCUUUUGAAGGGUGCAUUCGAAGAGCGCUGCGUGAUCAUCAUGGUGCUACAAAGGCAGUCUCAUUUAAAAAAAUAAUAAAAAUUGAAGGCUCUUUCAAAUGUUGCCUUUAAAUGUGUCUUUCAUUUCCCAAGUAAUGAAGGACACAAUCUUCAUCUAAAAAACAUCCCAAAAUUCAUUGCACACUAAAAACGACACAACAUUUUAAAAAGAAAACUCUGGAAUAAAUGUAUGAUUUAGGUUUUAUUUUACUUGGUUAUCUAAACACAUUAAAAAACAAAAACAAAAAGAGUAUGAAAUGCCUUACUAAAUAGUUAAUUUAUAGACAGUUUAUGUGUACAUGUAUGGAUCAAAGAAAAUCCAGCUUCUGUAAACCUUGCUGUGCUUUCCGAUCACUUAAAAUAAGUUUUAAAAUCACUUUGAAAAUAAGUCAUUAUAAAUUAUUAUCGCUUAUCAAUGGCAGCUCUUACCGUUGCUAGGUGAUGAGAUCUGUCCUUUGUAGGCUAGAUUGUCUUUUUUCAAAAUGCUCAGUUGGGCUUGUGUGGACUUCGAAGGACUCGCCUUUGAAGUCUGCAUCCUUUAGAGAUUGCAACCUCUGAAAUGACACAGCUAAUGUGUGCUGCUUUUUGUUUCUUUGUCUUUGUUUAAAUAUCUAUAUUGGAACUCCAGUUGACCUAUUAAAGAGAUAACAUUUUCUUCUGGCAAACAAGAACUAAGAAACUAGAACUUUGUGAAUUGUUACUUUGAAGAUAAAUGGUGGUCAGGAUUUUUAAUGCUAUCUUAAAUAGAAAUAAUGUUAUAUGCCAUUCAAACAAAACGUCAGGUGAAUGCCUUAAUCUUUUGGGUGAAUUAUCCCUUUAAAUACCAUUGGGUGAGAGAAUGAAGGGGACUGAGAAGAAAUGAGGUGUGUAGAGAAUAAAAGAAAGCUGUGCUUGGAUAUAAAUUUAUUAUUAUUAUUUACCUACUGAGUCUUUUUGUGUAGUUGAGAGUGUUUUAAUGAAUCACUAGGUAUUAAUUGUCCACUAGACACAUGGAACAUGAGCUAAAACAUCUCAGACACUGGAAACAUGUGUGAUGGCCAGUUGUGUGAAGGCCUCUGUCUCAGACUCAGAUGUUUUUCCUAAUGCAUUUUUUCAUAUUUGCUGAUUUCAUUUUGCAAAAUGUAGUCAUAUGUCAAUGUGUAAUUUUAGAGUUACAUGGAAUAUUUACAUACCAAGAUAACUGAAUGCCAUUUUUUUUAGAAAAUUGUGAAACAAAAAGGUUUUCCUUAAGAAAAAUUUUGUGUCUUAACUACUGAAUGAUGAUUCUGACAAUUUCACUGGUUUUGCAAGAAAGAAAUGCGCUGUUUUGAAUAAGAUAUCAUACUUUAUGGAUGUCUGCAACUGUUUAUGCCCUUUAGGUAUACUGUAUAUUUUGUGGUACGCACUUGUGAACUUUGUAGCUUGUCUUUUUCUGACUGGAACUGUGUAGAGUUUAUACUGCCAAAAAAACAACAACAACAACAAAUCCAAA